AUGAACCAAAGUUGUUCUGCAAAAGCCGCACGAAAGAAGUUGAUGAAAAGCACCAAAUCGCUGAAAAAGUCCGGUACAGGGUCGACAAGUAGUUCCGAGGUUAAAGCUCUACGAACAUCGCGUAGAGGAAAAGUCGCCAAAAAAAUGACCAAAACAGUAGUAGUGAAGAGUGAAGGUGGUGAGACGUGUGAAACACAGCAACCUCCCGCCUUAGUGAAGAAACGUCCAAUCCCAAAGAGAGUGCCAAUCGUUAUACCCCCAAAGUUUACAAUGGACUACAACAAUUACAGUAAAGAUGAUAUCUCUGAUGAUGAAAAAUGUUGA